CAGUACUUCUUUCCUGCCCGGAAUCCAAAACAACAGAGGAGAAGUCGACACGGAACAAGACUGCACAGCCGAACACAUUGUCGAUCACCAACCAUGGGACGGCGACGGUUGCUGCCCAACAUCAACUCGAUGCUCCUGCGACUCCAUCUGCCUCCGCCGCAACCGCGGAGCAGCACCAGCAGCGGAACCAUCCACCUCGAACCACACGGAAACGGGGGAAACGCGAAGGCAAAGGACAGCGACGAUUCGGACCACCGAACUGCUACCACGACAAGCAACGAGCCAAAGCAGCAGAUGCGGAAGCAGGAAGAACAGAAAGAAGAACACGAACAGCAAGACGUUCCCGUCCACCAACUCCACGUCUUUUCUUGGCCRUCCCUUCGGAAACGGCCAUCUGCCCUGUCUUGCUCGUCGUCGAACGACGACGGAGAGGAACACGACAGCACCAGCAGCAACGAAAACGAGGACGAGGAACAUUCGGGGGCAGAGCCAACUUCCACUUGCAGGCAUGACCGCGGAGGCAGAGACGAACCGGAGUUGAUUGGUUCCGCGCAAUCGCCGGGAUCGCGAGAGCCAUCCCAGCGAAAGGACGCACUGAAUCGCCCCCGCCAGCGACCGCCACAGCCACACAGCGUUUCCUUUGGAAACUGUUUGGUCCGGAUCUACCCCCAGGUCUUGGGGGACCAUCCGUGCUGCUUGGAGGGCUGCCCCAUCCAGCUUGGUUGGUUCUACACCGAGGAGCGUCUCUUUCGGGUUGAUGACUACGAGUCCGAGCAAAGGGGGGCGGUGGGCGAUGAGUGCCAACGCCAGGCUCCACAGCAACAGCUAUCGCAUCACGACGACGAKGACGAGCCAGCGGAACCGCCACAGAGGCCUUGCAAACACAAGCGCGCCCCCCACGAAUUGAGGUUGACCGCCGAGGAACGCCGAUCGAUCCUCCUGCACACCAAGCAGAGACUGCAGAACGGUCCAGGUUACGGCAGUGGCACCGGCAAUAGCAGCCGGGAACACGAACGACAGGAACCAUACCGAUCCGGUGGGAGUUGCAACCACCAGCCCCACAACAAAUGCCGGUACUCCACCCACGAUGGACGGCAGCUGCGGCAUGAACGCGAGCUGAACCGGGAAUGCCGGAGGCUACAGCGCUGCAACAACAACGUAAAGGCCUCGAGGAAACGAGACCGGAGGUCCCGGGCCGCCUUCUUUGGUUCCACCACAUGUGCAAGUACGUCCGAGCCGCCGGACGUGCMCACCACCAGCGACAACCGCGAUAGAAACGAUACAAACACAAUGCUGGGUAUAGGCAGUAGCGACGAUAGUGACCAUGGUAGUCGCGYGUUGUGUGUUCCGGAACAGAAAGCGCGCGAUGCUUCUUCGAAUAGCACCAACAAACGCACGCCCUCGGUGAACCAGGGCGACGGCGAGGAUUCCCAUGGCAGCCACAACAACAACAGCCACACAAACGAGAGGAAACCAACGACGGCCGCCAUCAUUGCUGCCACUUGGAACGAGGCAACUGUCCCAGAUGCGUACUCGUAUUACACGGACCUGUUCGCCGCCGACGACGUCGAGGAACUACCACCAUAGCCAACGAAUCGAUGCACACCGCGUCUGCCGCAAAAAUACAUACAACGAAUCCAA